AUGGCAGAAGUGUGGAAAAACGCCGCCGACGCCGCGCUCGAGACCAUGAACGUCACCAUGGCCAGCGCCGAUGCCAAUGGCAAGGCCAGGCACCAAAUAGGCGGGGACCAGGUGGAGGGAGAGGAAAUCGAUGGCGUGCGCCCAAAGGAGAAGAAGAGGGCACGGUGGGGGGACGGCGAUGCUGAUGAGGAGGGUCAUUUUACUUCAUCUCAUUUCGUCGUUGCAUUUUUUGAGAGUACUAUUUCCCAAAAGCCAGGUGCUCCAUACGUCGUAUACGAAGCCCGCCCUGGCCCCAAAUGCUAG